UUGAAGCAGUGAGCGAGUAAUCGCGCGCUCGGCCAGUGUUGUCUGAAGCGAGUGAGGGGAAAAAAACAAACCACCAUGAAACAAAGGCAGCUGGGGCUCCCGAGCGGCUGUAAUGGCAGCAGCAAUAGUAGCGACGGCGGACACGGGGGCGGUAGGUUAUCGGGACCGAGGCAGAGGAGGAGGCGUCGCCGGGGAGGAGGAGCGGCGGGCGUGGAGCGCGAGGACGGAAGCCCGGUGGCGGUGAGAGACCAGUUACAGCCCAGUACUCGCCACUACCCGGUGCCGCGGCGCGAGGACCCGGCGACGAACGAGCAGCCAGCCCCGCACCAGCACGCGUCCUCCACUCAGCGCGAGGAGGACGAAGAAGGAGAGGAGGAAGACGAGGAGGAGGACGAGGGAGAGGAGGAAGAGGAGGAGUGUGGUGAGGGAGACCUGGAGGAGGAGGCAGGCCGGGACGGUGAGCCCAUGGUGGCUGCAGGAGGAGUAGCGGCUCUGGCCCAGCUGCGGAAGAAGGAUGGGGGCCCCGCACUCAAACACUGGGAGAGCCCCGAGACUGUGUCCCAGCUGGACUGUGUACGGGUGUGGAUAGGCAAACACUACAAGAAGUACGUUCAAGCAGAUUCCCCAACAAAUAAAGCUUUGGCUGUGCUGAUUUCCCAGCUUCUGCAGUUUCAGGAAGAUGCAUUUGGAAGACACGUAACCAACCCUGCGUUCACCAAGCUGCCCAUGAAGUGCUUCUUGGAUUUUAAAGCUAGCGGAUCCCUGUGUCACAUACUUGGGGCUGCUUAUAAGCACAGGACUGAUCAAGGAUGGAGAAGAUUUGACUUACAGAAUCCAUCAAGGAUGGAUCGAAAUGUGGAAAUGUUUAUGACCAUUGAGAAGACACUGAUGCAGAACAAUUGUCUAAGCAGACCGACAGUCUACCUCUCGCCUGAUAUUGAACUGAAGCUGGCAAACAAGCUAAAGGACAUAGUGAAACGUCAUCAGGGCACUGUGACCGAAGAGAAAUCAAAGGCUUCACACCAUGUUUACAAUAUUCCUACCUCACUGGAUGAUGAUGAGUGGUUGAGACCAAUGACAAAAAAGGAUAAGCAAGUUCUGGUGCACUGGGGAUUCUACCCAGACAGCUAUGACACAUGGAUUCCUGCCACCGAUCUAGAUGUUGAAAUAGAAGACCCUCCUAUUCCAGAAAAGCCUUGGAAAGUUCAUGCAAAGUGGCUUCUUGAUACUGAUCUAUUUAAUGAAUGGAUGAAUGAGGAAGACUACGAGGUUGAUGAAAAUAAGAAAGCAACCACUUUUCGCCAGAGGGUUUCUCUGAAGAGUGAGGAGCCGGUGCGAAGUCCUGACAGGAAAGACCGGAAGAGCACUGCUAGUGCUAAGAAAAGGAAGCGUUCUCCUUCUCCACCUUCCACACCUGUAGAGUCCCGAAAAAAGCCAGGCAGGAAAGCGCAAGGCUUGUAUGGGAAGAGGAGAUGGGCUAAAGAGGAUGAGGAGCAAGAAGAUCUUACCAAAGACAUGGAGGAUCCAACACCAGUUCCAAAUAUGGAAGAGGUGUUGCUUCCAAAGAAUGUGAACCCCAAAAAGGACAGUGAAAACACCCCUGUGAAAGGAGGCGUGGUUGCAGAUCUAGAUGAGCAAGAGGAGGAAACCGUGGCAGCAAGUUUAAAGGAAGACGAGGAUCCAAGCAAGGGAGACCAGAGCAGAAUGAUAGAUAACGGUGAAGAUAAUGUUACAGAACAGACAAACCACAUCAUUAUCCCUAGCUAUGCAGCAUGGUUUGACUACAACAGCAUUCAUGUAAUUGAACGUCGAGCUCUUCCAGAAUUUUUCAAUGGCAAGAAUAAAUCCAAGACUCCAGAGAUAUACCUAGCUUACCGCAACUUUAUAAUCGAUACAUACCGCCUGAACCCACAGGAGUAUUUAACUAGUACUGCUUGCAGGAGGAAUCUGACUGGAGACGUUUGUGCUGUGAUGAGAGUGCACGCAUUUUUGGAGCAGUGGGGGCUUGUGAACUACCAGGUAGAUGCAGAUUCUCGUCCAAUGGCUAUGGGCCCUCCACCAACGCCUCACUUUAAUGUGCUUGCUGAUACACCAUCUGGGUUAGUCCCACUUCACAUGAGGCCCCUGCAGGUACCCUCUGCCCAGCAGAUGCUAACUUUCCCAGAAAAAAGCAAAGAGAAAACUACAGACCUUCAGAACUUUGGGCUGCGCACAGAUAUUUAUUCGAAGAAGACCUUAGCCAAGAGCAAAUCUGCCAGCGCUGGAAGAGACUGGACAGAACAAGAAACCCUUCUCCUUUUAGAGGCUCUGGAAAUGUAUAAAGACGACUGGAACAAAGUAUCAGAGCACGUGGGAAGUCGCACACAGGACGAAUGCAUACUUCAUUUCCUCAGGCUACCUAUUGAAGACCCCUACCUGGAAAAUUCAGAUUCUUCUCUUGGACCUCUCGCCUACCAGCCUGUCCCCUUUAGCCAGUCUGGCAAUCCUGUCAUGAGUACUGUUGCAUUUUUGGCCUCAGUAGUAGAUCCAAGAGUUGCUGCCGCCGCCGCAAAGGCUGCUCUAGAGGAGUUUUCACGAGUACGAGAAGAAGUGCCACUGGAGCUCGUUGAAGCCCACAUCAAAAAGGUGCAGGAAGCUGCUAAAGCCCUGGGAAAAGUUGACCCUUCAUAUGGUCUGGAGAGUAGCUGCAUAGCAGGGACUGGGCCGGACGAGCCAGAAAAGACUGCAGAGGCACCUGAAGAAGACAAGGUAGAAACAGAAGCUCCAGAGGUGCCAAAUACAGCAAAUACUGACAAGGCUGAAGUUAAAAAUGAAAAGGAAGAUGAGCCAGAACCUGCUGAGAAGACUGAAGGAGGAAAUGAAAAACAAACGGAGGAGGAGGAGGCUGAACCUAUGGAGGAAGAAAAGACAGCUGAAGACACUGAAGAAAAUAAGGAGAAUGUUGAGUCAUCUAAGGAAGUUGACCCCAUGAAGAAGAAAAUUGAGAACCACAUAUCCGAAGGGAACGUUGCAAUGGCAGCAGCCGCAGCUCUGGCUUCUGCUGCUACCAAGGCAAAGCAUCUAGCAGCUGUGGAAGAACGUAAAAUUAAAUCUUUGGUGGCCCUUUUAGUGGAGACGCAAAUGAAGAAACUUGAAAUUAAGCUGCGACAUUUUGAGGAGCUAGAAACCAUCAUGGACAGAGAAAAGGAGGCAGUCCAUCGCAGCCACCACCACAACAGCAGCCGCCGCCUCCUACUGAUGGACCAACGCCACCACCCAUGGUGCCUCCAGCGGUGGCCUCUGCACCAUAAGGACAACCCUAGAACUUUUAAUUCUGAAAGCACGAUUUGCCAUUGCGUUUUUUCUUUUUAUGUGCUGUUUUUAUACAAAUGAAUUUGUGUAAUGCCCAAUUAUAUGACCAAACAAUAUGCACAGUUCUGUUUUCCCCCCUUAUCUCCCUUUUUAACUGGCGUGUAACCCUUUUAACUUACACACAGUUGUUUGCAUCCACUAAUCUGUUGAAAGAUUUUGGUUUCCCUGACACAUUAGUGAUCAAUUGUUUUUAGUUUGGGGAGAAAAUGCUGGAUCAUUUAACACAUUCAUUGUGUACCUGAGGUUUGAGUGUAUUUUUUUUUUUUUUUCUUGUUACAUAUUCAUUUGAUCUUGUAAUAAAACCACUUGAGUACUUUACAAAGUGGCAAGCUUGUUCUAGAAGUGGGUGUCUUUUAAUGGUACUUGUUUGUGGCACUACCUGUUUAUGGGUAUUCCAUUCCUGUUAUUUAAGUAAAACUUUUCUAAAGUCGGUUUAAGAUUUGAAUAAUUAGAUGCAGAUAUUUUCUUUCUUAGACUAUGCUAACCCCAUCAAAUAGCCCUCAAAACAAGCCAUGAAGAACUGACUCUUAUGGACUAGUUAGUAAUUGUAUGGGAUAUUUUGUCUUCUAUUCUAAAUCUACCUCUUACAGGCAUGUAACACAUGUAACAGUGGGACAUUUCUGUUGCUCCCAGGGGUGGGAAUAGAUCCAUUUUGGUUAACAUUCAGAAAAAAAAAUCAAUUUCAGACAUUUUGUAUAUGCAUUACCCACCUUGUGUGACGUUCAGUGCUAACUAUUUUAGUAUUGAAAAGGUACUGACCUGGCCUACUACACAUCAUAUUUUACAUUCCCUUUGCAGAAUAUUUUCCAGGUUUCUGCUCUGUGAUUUGAAUGUAAAAUAUUGUAACUCAGAAUCACCUCUGCAUUAUUAGUUCUCCCUGCGAGCAACCUGGAAAAACAUCUCGCACUGCCGCCUUAACUCUCUCCUUCCUUUUAGGAUCUUUGCUAAGAUGGCAAAUUAUUGUAUUGAUGAUGUAAUGUCUAAUGCAUUGAUCUCUUUGAAAUCCUAGUUGCAUCUAGGCUGAGUAAACCACCUCAGGUUUUAGACCUACCAAUUACAAUAUUGGGAAGUACUUUUUAUACGGUGUUGGUUCUGCCAACGUGACUGAAUUCUAAACAUUGUUUAUAUAUAUAUAUAUAUAUUCUAUACAUGCUUACUUUUCUUUCAUCCCCAGAUGUAUAUUGAAACUUCUUCUGGUUUUCAGGCACCCAGACUUGUGAAAUAAAAUGUGGUUUCUUUUGUA